AUUUACUUGGCCUUGAGUAUUGUUCGGUUAUCCAUAAUUGGCUUUGAAUUCUUGGUCGAUUGCUUCGAAGGAGACUAGCCUUUUUGCAAUAUGUCUGAGAGUGGCGACACGGCUGUCAAAACCGGAAAAUCCAGAAGAAAAAAGGGUAAAGGAAAGAAGACAACUGCUGAUGACCAGACCGAACCGGCUGGUGAAGUUUUUGGCGCUGAAGGUCAUCCAUCAUCAUCGGCUCUCACUUCACCAAGUGUCCAAUCCGAGCCACCCCCUGUCUCUCCUCGUGAUCAACCUCCAGUCGAAGUCUCUCCGACGAUAUCAGAACAGCUUAGUGAACUUACCAUAUCGAGCACUGGCGACAGUCCUGCGAAAACCGGAAGAUCCAGAAGAAAAAAGGGUAAAGGAAAGACUACAACUGCUGAUGACCAAACCGAACCGGCUGGUGAAGUUUUUGGCGCUGAAGGUCAUCCAUCAUCAUCGGCUCUCACUUCACCAAGUGUCCAAUCCGAACGCAGUGUCCCCACGACUGGAGAGUCGCCCAGCGUAUCGCAAGUGUCUUCACCCGCAUCCGCCUCGUCCAAAGGCGUUGCCAGGCAACGCAAAAGAGAUCGACCAGCCAACGUGCAGGUUGAGAGCAUUAGAGCGUUGGCUCGAACAAUUCACAUUCCUUCUCGACCAGACGGCGGUGGAACAAUGGGCCAGCCUGUUCAGCUCACAGUGAAUUGUUACGACCUCCGCGUGGUACCAAAGGUAUCGCACGUUUAUCAUUUGGAAGUGAAGUCGGUACAUCGACUGGGCACUGAUGGAAAGAGGGAACUCCGCAUGCCACCAAAUGAAAAACGAAACUUGCUGGUGAACGUCAUUGCAAAAUUGCCACGGGACACAAUCUACGAUAGCGGACAUACAGUGUACUCCGUUUCGGAGAUCCCGGGAGUCACAACUGCAGACUCCAACCUUGAAAUGACUAUCAAGGAUCCGUUAAACUCCGGCGAGCUUUUACUAUGCUACCGCAUUUGUAAGGUACAGCUCGUUAGCACCGGGGACUUACAUGAAUACAUAGGGAAUCCUUAUGCGUCCUCUAUUAACAUGCCCCAGGAUAGCAUUCGAUUGCUUGAUUGUGUUUUCAAAACCGCGCUCAAAGGAUCCUUUGAAACCGUAGGGCGAGCUUCUUUGUUUGAUAAGAGCCCUGCAAAAAUACUUCCCGAAAGCCUCCUUUCCAUCCAUCGCGGUUUUUUGCUGAGCGCAAGACCGCAGUGGCAAAUUCGGUUUAACAUCGACAUGACAUGCAAAGCCUUUCUAACUGCGGGAAACAUGGCUGACGUACUUUUCGAAAAGUACGGUGACAACAUGUCCCAGUGUGUAGAGCAGAUGGAGCGUGAUGUCAAACGAAUCCGAGUCGAAACUGCGCCGAUAUACAAGGAAAAAACAGGUCACGCCCGAAGAUUUACAGUCUUCGAAUUGUCUAGGACACCUGCGUCGCAACUCAUGAUUCCCGAUUUGAAUCAGACUGUGGCGGAUUACUUUUCUGAAAAGUACAGCAUCGUACUACAGUAUCCUGAACUUCCAUGCGUGAAGGUGAACAACAACCGUGAUGUGUUUUUCCCGAUGGAGUUGUUGCACAUUCUACCUUUCCAGGCGCCGAAUUCUAGCAAAGCGGAAGUUGCCGCAGCUGUCAUCCGCCUUUCUGCGGUACAGCCGCGUGACCGAUUCAAGGAAAUACAGCAGUUUGUCAACGCAGUGGUCCGAAAGAAGCAUCCUGUACUGACCACAUACGGCGUUGAGGUCAUUCCAGCCCCGGUACAGGUGCCUGGGCGGGUUUUGCCCACACCGACGGCCAACUUUGGCCGCGAAAACGUCCAGCUAAAGCGUGGCUGUUGGGAAGUCCCAUCGUACUAUCUCCCUACGCCUGGUAAGCAGGCUACUCGAUGUGCAGUAAUCUCCGUUCCUCCGCAUCGUGUACCCGUCACCAUCGUUUGCUCCCUAGACCAGCUGACAUCGUUGAUGCGCACGCGACUGUUCGAACCAAUCGGCUUUUCUUUUGUCUGGAAUCAGGUUGCGCUUCGUUAAUCCUUGGCCGAACCAAUUCUGGUCCGUCUGUGGCUCGUGCAGUCGUGGUCAUUUCGCGUCGUCCUUGAUUUGCUGGCCUCUACUCUGCCUACUCACCCAAACGACCACUUGUCGUAGACCCUGUGUCGGGGGCCUUAUUCUGGUCAUCGCGUUGGCCACAAUUCGUGGGGCAGCACUCGAUCGCAACUUUUCACCGAGCUUCGGACGCGUUAAUCCACAUCCACUUUUGGCACAUGAUCCCCUGGGGGUUUGCCCAGCUAAAUACAUUACUGAGAUUUCCGCGGUUGAUAACUAGUGAUUGGCAAAUGAGACAGCCUAACCUGAAAUGUAAUUUCGAAGUGAUCAACCAACUGAACUCACCCACCAUACGUACCUUUUUCUGAAUUUGUAUAUGAAAACCUGCACAACACACUACUGUCACUAGCGCAUUUACCAUGCAACAGCGUUCAAAUGUUUGUUUCUCACCUGGUACGAGGGUAUUUAAGCUCGCUGAUUCAACCAAUAUUUUACCGUUUAACCCACCUAGCUUUGUUUACAUUUCUAGUGUCCAUCCAUUCGUUCAUUUAC